AUGACCAGCGUACGAGGUAAAAGACAGCGCCGAAGCUACAGCUGUGGCCCGUGCAAGCUUCUCAAAAUCAAGUGCGAUUUGACUCUCCCGUGUUCUUCGUGUCAGAAGUUCAGCCGUGAAGAUAAAUGCCAGGCAUCCCCUCCACAGCCUCCAACUGAGUCAGAAUUAAGAAUUAUCGAGGAAAGAAAACAACGGAUGAGCCGACGCAAGAAGUCGACGUCGACGCUGUCACCUGAUAACACCACUAAUAAUACCACCGUGGGUGCAGCCGAUGAUUUUCAGAGCCCGGUAUCGGACCCAGAUACGCUGUUCAUAGUCACAAAAGUACGUCUACAGCACCCAAACUUGCUGAUGAGCCUGAAGUCUCAGUCCCCGUAUCAGGAUUCGAGCUACAGCGAUGUGAGUGGCUUGAGGGACAUCCAGGGAUACUUUGAGCAGAGACACGUGUCGUUUUCACUUAUAUCAGAUUCCUGGUUUACGCUAAAGCUCUAUUUUAGGCGUCUGGGAGAACCCAUCUUUGGUAACUUGGCCACCGAGCUUGCAAAAUCGUUUACCAUCGACCAAGAAGAUGUCAACCUCCUUAAGUUUAUCUAUCCCAAUAAAGAAGCUCUUUGCCAAUUACUAAUGGGCCAUUUCAAAGGGUUCAAAGAGGAUUUGUUCUAUAUGAUGGACUACCGACUUUUAGUGCGGACCAUGCUUGAGAUCAGUGACAAACUCCACCUGACAGAGUAUAACACGCCAUUGGUGAUCAACAGUAUCGAUGCUCGUACCUUGUCCUUAUUACUUCCGGUAUUGGCUAGUGGUUUGGUAACGUAUCCUCAUAUUGUCAUAAACCCAAGAUACAAAAACUCGGACAUUUUGAGCAGCUGGAUUCUUAUCAGCAAAAAGCUACGAGAGCACUUCAAGAAAACCGACUCAUUGUUAGAUAUCACUUAUUUGAUGGUAUGGUACUUUGAGAUCGAUAACUAUUACCACCUGGAAGGUAUGCUCAAUGAGAACCAUUAUGAAUACAAUAACCUUUUGUCAAACUUGUUGUUUGAUAGGAAAUACAUGGAGCACAUAAUCAGCACAGACUUGGACUUUUCCACUCUUGGAGAGGAACGAGAGACCGAGUUCAGAGUCAUCUUAUCUUACUGGCUCCGGGUUCGAGUUAUUGAGUUGAACGUCCUAUAUUUCCAGUAUAAGUCAUCUUUGUUAAGGUCCAAUCAUAUCUUGAAAAACUCGAUAGUUCCUGACGAUAAAAUGCUUAAGUUUGUGUACGGGUUUCAAGGCUUCCAAAGUGAUGAUAUCAUGACUUCCAUUUAUUGUACUGCAAGACAUUAUUACAACCAGUUCAAUUCGGUCACUUCCCACGCGUGUAUAAGAGAAGUGGUAUCGUCUUAUCUCAAAGUCUACGGGAACUCCCAUAGCGUGACCGGUAAAGAAAUUGAUCAAUACGAAUUAUCAAUCAAGAAUAAUCGGCCUAUCAAGAUCGAUUAUGAAACAACUCUGAUGUAUUUCAAGAGUCAGAUUUUUAUUCUAAGCUUCGUCAAGUGGUUAACAUUCUUGAAAAUUGAACAAGGUUACUUCCCUUCUUUGCGCUUUGUUUCAUACUUGACAUCUAUGUCUGCUUCCCUCAACCAUUAUAUUUUUUUGGACAAUGAAUUACACCAACAAUCCCAAGGUACUGAAAGUUUAAUCUCAGUUCUUCCACAGUUUCAUUCAUACUAUCCCUUGGAGUAUUUGAUGCAUGCAUGCAUGGUACAACAGAUAUUCCUCCUCUCGUUGAAGGUGUUUGUUAACAGAGAAGAUAACACAGACAAUAUUGUUGACUUGAAAGAGCUUUAUGACAAGAUGUAUAACAAGUUCAUGGUAUUCUCAAACAAGUUCGUGAAGGACUUCAACAGUGUGAAUUUCCGUCCCCGACUAUACCGGGCAUUUAUCAACGUGUUUGUUGACAUGAAUACGGUUCAUGAUCUAAUCGAGUUCGACAGUCAGCUCGAGAUUGAGGAGUUUUUCCAGCUCAUCAGUAAGCACAUCCCUGACAUCCGCUUUUACAUCGACUCUUACUUUGGCUGCAAAAGCACUAUGAUCAACUACCUUCUGAAACUUUGGUAUCUUUUCAGUUAUAUCAGGAAAUCUAAGAGAUCUGACGUGGUCAAGAUCACCUCAAAGAUAAAUUUUACUAACGAAUUGAUCAUGAGUUACCAAGACAAAUUCACUGGAUUCGAAAUCAGCGUUGAUAAAAUUGAAGAUUAUAUACACACAGUUGUGGACCCAGUCAUUGGGCAGAAUCCACGGGAGUCCACUUUGUAG